AUGAACCUUCUGAACCAAUCACUCUCAUGGGACCCGAAUCUAUACGGUUGGAACCCGAAUCAAAACACGGACGGAAUGGGGUCGUCUCAAGCAUUCGGAUCGACACAAGCAUUCGGAUCCACACUACACGAGCCCAAGGUUGUUGUGGAAACACAACCGGAAGUAGAGGAGACGCAAAAAGGAAAAACAAAACGGCCACAUAAAAAGAAAACGAAAAUCACCCGAGCGAAAAAAAAUGUGCAAUCGUGGGAUGCCGAAGAGGAGUAUGUGUUAACCCGAGCUUGGAUCGACAUGUCGGAGGACCCCCAAAUAGCAAACAGCCAAAGUAAAGCCGUUUUUUGGAGCCGAAUCCGAGAACUUUUUUUCAGGCUUACGGAUAGAGGAGACGAAUACCGGCCGGCGGACUCGAUAUCGGGCAAGUGGACCGAUAUCAACAAGAAGUGCAAGAAUUUCCAAUCCGUUUACCAACGCAUUUUUAACGGAUGGAAAAGUGGCCACAAGGACGAGUACAUUACACAAGCGGCCUUAGUCGACUACACACAAAGUCAAGCCCCAAAUGGGCACGUCCCUAUGAACACCGGUCGGUCGGCAAAUAAAAGGCCGUCAAAGAGAUCAAAAACCAACGAGUCGGGAGAACGCGAAACGCCAACCUCCGAGGCUCCGACACUCGAAACACCGACGUCAAUGAUGAUAUUCCGGAGGAAGAGCCGGCAGAAGAGCUACCACGACCCGCUGGAAGAAGAAGCGGUGCAAGAUCGAAAAAGCCCGAGUCAUCGUCGAUGGGAUCCGAAAUGA